AUGAACACCAGCUUUGGUGGCGCCUUUGCUCGCGGCAUUUUUGCGGAGCGCGAGAUCGGUUACGGUCGUGAGGUCAUGAAUUUGCCCGCCUACUGCAUGCACAUCUGUGAGCAUGACCUUCAGCCACUGCGGGAACAAGUUCUUAUCAUGACCAAAGAGAUUUUCAGCAAAGUUGUCUACGGAACGCCACAGGAUCAGCAGUAUGUCAAGCACCGCAUCCUCUCGCUCAUGUCCGGCGGCUUUUCUUACUUCACUCGCGAGCGCGACGUGUUUGACUUUGCGGAUGAGGUGCGCGCUCCCGGGCCUGAUGGGGCUUUCCGAAACGGGUCCAACUGUCUGAUGAGCGGCGAGUUCUCCUCUUACGAUCUGCAGAAACUUCCUCUCAUUGUCGAGUUCAACCGCUUCGAGGUAGACUACCGUGGCCGCCGGGGCAUCUGCCUAUUCCCCGAGGCCUCGUACCUGAACCACAGCUGCGAGCCGAACGUUGAACUCUCCAUCACGUACAACAGCAUCAAGAACAACUUUUUCCUCAGCGCCCGUGCAGUGCGACCUAUUCGGGAAGGUGAGGAGCUCUUCAUCAACUACAUGCCAGGCAACAACCUCCCUCUCUCCCGUCUGGCGUUGGCCAUGAAGAAGCGCUGGGGCUUUGAAUGCUCAUGCGUCAAGUGCAAGAGUCGUGCGGUGGGCGCCGUUACCGUUGUUUUUGUCGUCCUCCUGAUACCCAUUAUGGUGUACAUCCGCCGCUUCAUUGUGGAGCGGACCAAGGAGAAGCACCGCAGCCUGUGA